AGCUUUUCUGGCCGAGCGGGCACCCUGCACGCCCCGCCCCUGGGAUGGCACAGGCGCGCCACUCCUGGGGAUGCGCUCAUUCGGCGGCCGCGGCUUCUGCAGCAGACCGCAGGGGCCUAGAGGUUGACACCAACACCAAUUUCGGCGGCGUGCCUCCACCGAGGGAAAGAAGAUCCCGAUAUCGGCGAUGGUGGUGAUGAUUCUGGCUUCCAGGGUGGCCAAGAGAUUACCCUCAGCACCGAAAUCGGGGCCCACCCUCCCCCUGUGGAGGGCAGCCCCCUGUGCUGGUCUCCACCCCUCCCCAGAAGCCUCCCUUGGGACCCUCCGGGCGGACCAGGCCGCCACCGACGUGGGCGACCAGGUGCUGGCGUUCGCCAGGGCGUCCUCCGGCGACGGCGGCGAGGACCGCGGCUCGGCCCUGAGAGGUCGCAGGGCCUCGUUCCUGGCGGGCUGCGUGCCGCCGCUGUUUCGGUCAAGCUGGCGCCAAGGGCAGCCAGGAGAUCGAGAUCCCGCCGUCGAGCUGGCCGACGGGGUGGGCGCCCACGUGCCAGAUCACCUGAGGUGCGAGAACGUGACCGCCAACUUUGCAAGUUUUGACCGGAUCGGGAUGGGCUCGUCGAGCGUUGUUUACCGAGCUGUGAGGCUCUCAGACAACAGGCGGGUGGUCAUCAAGGCGAUGCGGCGCCGUGGUGCGGGCGAGGCGAUCCUGGCGAGGCGGGAGUUUGCCCUCCUCAGCGACUUGAAGCACCCCAACAUCAUCACUGCUUUAGAUUUCCUGGAAUCGCCGUCGUGCGUGGCCCUGGUGCUGGAAGACAUCGCGGGCCGCAGCCUGCGAUCGCUGGUGCGCUCCAGUGCUGCCGGGCGCCUCGACGAGCGGAGCGCCGUGCGCCUCUUCGUCGACGCGGCUGCCGGAUUGGCCUACCUGCACGGCAGGCGGGUGGUCCAUCGCGAUCUGAAGCCCGACAACCUUCUCGUGUCGAGGGACGGCGCCCUGAAGAUUAUAGACUUCAACGUCGCAUCCAGCACCGAGGAGAGGGCGAGCUCCUGACGCCGACGGGGACCAGGGCGUUCCGCGCCCCGGAGGUCCUGAACAGCCCUUACACUUGCCACCGAACCGUCCGCGGACGUGUGGUCUGUCGGCCUCUGCCUGCACUUCACGCUGCACGGCCGGCUGCCCUCGCAGAAGCCCGGCGACCCGCCGACGGCCGCGCAGAGCGUGGCCUCCGUGCCGACGGCGGCCUCGGACCACGCCUCGGACGACGGCGCUUCGGACGACGUCGCCACUCCCAAGAGCCUUCCGCGGCGCGCGGUGACCGAGCAGCCCUCCGGGCCUUUUGGCAGUGGCGCGUGGGUCUUGCGGCGGUGCCUCCACGAGGACCCGCGGCGGCGGGCGACCGAGCUCCUCGCGGGGGCGUCUGGCUGGCUCGCCGGCUGCAGAGACACGUAGGAUCUCCAGGGCUAGGGCAUUUCGGCUCGCGCGCCGCGUCGUAGCAUGCGGCGGAAGCAGAUGGGGGACCUUUUCACGCAGAGGCCCUGGGCGAAAGACCCAGCGGCUGACAAUGUGUGCUUCCCUGGAGAUCUGACUUCGCGACCCAAAUCACGACAUCGCAAAAGGCUUGUAAUCUCCGCCUUACUUUUCAAGCCCCGCUGAUGCCAAUUUCCGCCCUGCUUUUCUGUUGCCGUUUCCGCCCUCGCCGUUUCCGCCCUCGCCUUUUCUGUUGCCGUUUCCGCUGUUCGGGGGGUCCCCCGUCGUGGGCACGGGUCGCGGGUCACGUCGGUGACGUGUCCCGUGGACGCGCCAGCGGUGUGCUGGCCAGCGGCGGAGCAGGGGACCAACUGUGGGAAGGCGUGGUCCGUGGCAGCGUGGCUCGUGCUUCCCUGCACGUCCCUGCGUCAAUAUCGCUCGGUGCAUGCGCACAUUGAAGUGUUGGAAAGUGUGGUGCGUGGUUUCCUGCCACUUGCUCUGCGCGAGCCCGGUGCGACGUUGGCGCGGCCUUGGGCAUCGUCGAUUCCAUUGUUCCCUCCCUGGGCCUGUCCAGCGCCGUCGGCUCUUCUCAGGUACUACUAGUCG